CUUAUAUUUCCCACACAUACAUCAAAACCCUAAUAACUCAUAAGUUUGCUGUGGCGGCGGCGCGGUGUUUUCCCAUCUUACAGAAAACUUCUUUUUGUUUGAGCUGCAAGGAUGACGUUCAAGAGAAGAAAUGGAGGAAGAAACAAGCAUGGACGUGGACACGUCAAGUUUAUUCGUUGCUCCAACUGUGGCAAAUGUUGCCCUAAGGACAAGGCUAUUAAGAGGUUUCUUGUGAGGAAUAUUGUGGAGCAAGCAGCCGUUAGGGAUGUUCAAGAAGCCUGCGCUUUUGAUCAGUAUACACUUCCCAAGCUGUACCUGAAGAUGCAAUACUGUGUUUCGUGUGCAAUUCACUCCAAAGUUGUUAGGGUCCGUUCACGAACUGAUAGAAGGAACCGUGAGCCUCCAAAGCGUUUCACUCGACCAAGGGAUGAUCUUCCCAAGGCUGGUCAAGCACCACGUCCAGGUGUUGGAGCUGGCCCUGCUCCUGCUCGUCCUUAGUUUGCUUUUUAAUCACUGUAUUCUGAUGCUUUUGUUCUAAUCUUCUGGUUGUCAAAAUUUCAGUUACUUAUGAGUUUUAAAACUGAUAAUUAAGAUCUUUUAAUAGAUUCAUGAGUUUGUUUGGUGCA